AGAGGAUGUAACACACAUUCUCUACUCAUUGGUUCAUAUUCACUACAAAUGUGAGGAGCCAAUGGAGCUGCGUGUGUAUAAACCAAUAAGGUACAAGGGGUGGAGUAAGAAUACAACCAUUCCAACAAAAUUAUCUUAGCACAACAAAACGUGUCUGUAUCAAACCAAGACUAGAGGUUGAGGACAUCAUCUUCAACACAACAGUAAGGGUAAUAGUUAAUAGCUAACAUCACGAGGAUUGCUUGUCCAUUUACAUUUGAUUGUUUCAUCACUCCGUGCGUAAAAUGCGCUUUUGGGGCAUUUCAAUUGAUAACUAGAGUAACAAAAUCAAGUUUGGACUAAAUAUGACGGAGGAAAAGAACAAGUCAUUCAACGACCAUCCAUGCAGUCCAAAUGGAACAGGUAGCUCAAUGUCGCAGGAUGACUCGGAUUCGGACGCCCCGUUCUCUCCAACUGGCUCGGAUGGACAGGCGCCCGGGCAUUCACCCGGCGACGAAAUUACACCAAAACUGGACACCAACGAGGAGGAUAACCGGUUUCCCGCGUGCAUCAGGGACGCAGUGUCUCAGGUGCUGAAAGGAUAUGACUGGUCGCUGGUACCAAUGCCCGCACGGGGAGACCGGUCUGUGAAAAACAAACCCCAUGUGAAGCGACCGAUGAACGCGUUCAUGGUUUGGGCGCAGGCAGCACGCAGGAAACUGGCGGACCAGUACCCCCAUCUCCACAACGCCGAGCUCAGCAAAACAUUAGGGAAGCUCUGGCGCCUUCUGUCUGAAACUGAAAAGAGGCCAUUUGUUGAAGAGGCAGAGAGACUAAGAGUUCAACAUAAGAGAGACUAUCCUGACUACAAGUACCAACCCCGGAGAAGGAAGAGCACCAAGCCAGUCCAGAGUGACUCUGACUCCAGUGCUGAUCUGGUCCACCUGCACCCGGGCCAGAUAUACAAGGCUGAACCUGGUCUGGCCAGACUGCCUUCCAUGGGGGAAGGGCAUCAACACCCAGAGAGGACGGGCCAUCCCCACGGUCCCCCCACACCCCCCACCACCCCCAAGGAAGAGAUGCUCCCAGGGGUGAAACAUGAGGGCCGGCGUCCCCUGGACGGUGGGCGACAGAACAUCGAUUUCAGCAACGUGGACAUCUCCGAGCUGAGCACCGACGUCAUCAGCAACAUGGAGGCCUUCGACGUCCACGAGUUUGACCAGUACCUACCUCUCAACGGGCACAGCGCCGCCCCCCCGCCUCCGGACCACGGAGGACCCAACACGCCGUCUGGGUCCCUCGGCCCCGCCCCCUACAUCCAGACACCUUGGAGUCCCAAAGGGGCGGGGCCGGCUCCCCUUCCCUCCUCCUCAUCCUCCAGUGACGGCGAUGCCGUUCACCACAGAGCGCAGAUCAAGACGGAGCAGCUGAGUCCCAGCCACUACAGCAGCCAGCCCUCCCACAGCUCCCCGCCAACCCCCCUCAGCCCCUCUUCCUCCUCCCUUCCCGGCUCCCAGUGUGAUUAUGCAGACUUCCAGAGCCCCAGCUACUACAGCGCCUACUCCAGCUACCCCGCUGCCCUUUAUCAGUACCCUUACUUCCACUCCUCCAGGCGCCCCUACGGCAGCCCGCUCGUCAACAACCUAGCCCUCCCGCCGCCCCACAGCCACAGCCCGACCGCAACCUGGGAGCAGCCGGUCUAUACCACACUCACCAGGCCGUAGACUUUGUAGUCUGUCUGCGGCGCCUGACAUGGCCUUCUUAUAGUCUGCGGGCUUCUUCAGCUUGUGCUCUGUUAGUAAGGCCAUGACACCAGGCUCAAGAUUGGACCCUAUCCAAGACCAAGUGCCUGCUGUUUUCUUGUCACGGUGGAACGAUUUUUCUCCUCCCCACAGUCGUGCCUGAGUCCUCCGUGAGGAAAAAUGUGGACUAGACUUCUAUUUGGACCAUGUGACAAACUUACUCAGCAUUCUGUAACUGCCUCCUCUGUUCCUUUAUAUUGUCCAAUGCUUUAUCUUAGAUUGAAGAAUUAUUACACCUUUUUAAAUGUCUGUAUUUAUGUUUUAUAAUAACAUAUAUUUUAUAUUGGAACGAAUAUUCCUGCUAACAAAUUUACUUAACCCAUCGUAAUUCAAUAUCUUAGCCACACUCCAGUGCAAGUUCCAUUCCUCUUCAGAAGUAGCAAAGAAUUUUCACUGAAGGAAACAGGUGUUUAAUUCUGUUACGUACAAGUCAAGAUUACUAGAUUUCAGGGCUGGAGAAAAUCGGUAAACCGAUCUACCAUACACUGUGAUGGACUGGACAGCUGGACUGAAGUCGUACGGCCACACUCUGCAUGUAGCACGGCCUGCUAAGCCCUCUUCAUCUUCUGCACUUGUCAACAUCUGAAGAAGACGUCCAUUCCAGCACACUCAUUCUGUAUGGAAGGAAGCUUAUUUUUCUCAAAAAUAUGAAAGACUUCCCAAUGGAUGUUGUCGGUUUUUGUUAUUUGAUGUUUAUACUUGAUAUGUCGUCUGGAUUAUUUGUAUGCCGGCCCUAUGAUAACCAGCGACUGAGGGUGCUUGAUUGCUUCAUAAAUGUAUUGUGUGGGACCACACACUCUAUUUUAUGUUCA